AUGACACACACGCGGAGGAAGUCCCUUCCCAUGCUGAGUUCGGGCCCCACUGGCCGCCGGGAGCCCCUGCAGAUGGAAGGCAGCAAUAUGGAGCAGGGGGCGGAGAGUGUGGAAGCAGGCAUGCCCGAGAGCCCAGGGCACCUCACAGGGCGCCGCAAGAACUACCCACUUCGUAAGCGCCCAUUAGUUCCUGAGAAGCCUAAGGCCUGCAAAGUGCUGUUGACCCGCCUGGAGAAUGUGGCUGGUCCACGGAGUGCAGAUGAGGCUGAUGAGCUGCCCCCUGACCUGCCCAAGCCCCCCAGCCCAGCCCCAUCCAGUGAGGACACUGCCCUUGCCCAGCCCCGCAAGAGGCGCCUAGCCUCCCUCAAUGCGGAGGCCCUCAAUAACCUGCUGCUGGAGCGGGAGGAUGCCAGCAGCCUGGCCGGCACUCGUCGCAGUCGAGGGGGAGACCCUCACCGCAGUCGGGACCGUGACCGGGCCAGUGGGGGCUGGUCCUCUUCCAAGAAGCGGCCCCGGCUAGAGGACCUCGGAGGGGGAAGUCGGGACCUGUCCCCAGAGCCAGCACCUGAGGAGGGUGCUCGUCGAGAUGGUGACCCAGCUCCCAAGAGAUUGGCCAGCCUGAAUGCAGCUGCCUUCCUAAAGCUGAGCCAGGAGCGGGAGCUACCCUUGAGGCCUCCUCGUGCCCACCCAGAAGCAGAUGGGCGCUCCACAGAGCCACCAGCACUGAGGGUUCCGAGGCCAAAGUGGGCUAAAGUCAAUGGCAAGAACUAUCCCAAGGCCCGGCAGGGGCUUGGCUCUGGGGAGGCCGUAGGUCCACCCGGCUGGCAAAAGCACCCCGAGGAGCCAUGGCCAUCUGCCACCCCUCGUGGGCCAGCCAGCCAGCCACCUUACCAGCCCCUGAGCAAGGCUCUGGAGAGCCCCUUGGGGCUGCGCCCCCACCUGCCCCUGCUGAUGGGUGGGCAGGCAGCCUUGAAGCCGGAGCCUGGGCGCCCAGGCGAGGAGUCACCUGCCCCCAAGCAGGAACUGCACCAGCCUUCUUUCCCUGCACCCCAGCUGUCCCCCCUGCCGAUGCCUGGCAACCCUGCCCACUACAGUGGCCUGUGUGGUAGGCCUGAGCUCCCUGCACUAGGCAGCUUCUACCUGUACUGCCGCCAAGAUGGGCUGCAGUAUGGAGGCUACUCCCCCUGCCCCAUGCUUCCUGAGGGCAAGUUGUCCCCAGUGGCUGCACCUAACGAGGGGCUCCUCUUGGCACCGAGCUCAGUGCCCGCAGGCACCCCUUUCCAACACCCUCCCUGGGGCUCUCGCUACUGCUUUAGCGAGGAUACUGGAGUGAAUGGCUACAGCAUCUGUGAAAUGUUGCCCCCGUCUCUUACCCAUAUUGGCACCACCUGUGGCGGCUGCCCCUACAAAAUGCCUUUUGCAGCAGAAGGCUGCAGGUCCCUAGGCCAGCUGGAAUUUCCUCUCCCGGAAGCCGGCCACCCUGCCUCACCUGCCCACCCCCUCCUGGGAUGCCCUGUGCCCAGUGUGCCACCUGCAGCGGAGCCCGUCCCUCAUCUUCAGACACCCACCUCGGAGCCCCAGACGGUAGCCCGUGCGUGCCCUCAGAGUGCCAAGCCUCCUAGCGGCUCCAAGUCAGGUCUGCGCACGGGCUCCAGCUGUAGGCACACUGCGAGAAGCAAGGCUGCCUGCAGGCCCAGCCACCCCAAGCAACCGCGCGUCCAGCGCCCACGCCCACGCCGCCGCCGCCGCCGCCGCACUAACGGCUGGGUUCCCGUUGGGGCUGCCUGUGAGAAGGCGGUCUAUGUCUUGAUGAGGAAACUGAGGCAUGGCAGCAGACUAAUUUGCCCAGGGCUACCCCACUUAAGGGCUUACGGGUCAAACCCAUACUGCCCCGAUAGGAAGUUUGAGAACUUUGCCAGUGGAGAGCUGAUGAUGAGCCUCUUGUGGUAUUACAGACCAGAGCACUUACAGGGAGGCCGCAGUCCCAGCAUGCACGAGCCUUUGCAGAAUGAAGUCUUUGCAUCGAGACAUCAGGACCAGAACAGUGUGGCCUGCAUCGAGGAGAAGUGCUACGUGCUGACCUUUGCUGAGUACUGCAGAUUCUGUGCCAUGGCCAAGCGUCGAGGCGAGGGCCUCCCCAGCCGAAAGACAGCACUGGUGCCCCCCUCUGCGGACUACUCCACCCCGCCACACCGCACAGUGCCCGAGGACACGGACCCUGAGCUGGUGUUUCUUUGCCGCCAUGUCUAUGACUUCCGCCAUGGCCGCAUCCUCAAGAACCCUCAGUAG